AUUUCUCACGCUGACAACAGUAGUUUCACAUCCUGCCUUUCUUUAAUAGGAGAGAACAAAAUGUCAAAGAAGCCAGGUACCAUUCAAGCAAUGCAUAAAGUUAUCAUGGUUGGAAGUGGAGGUGUUGGGAAGUCUGCACUCACGUUACAAUUUAUGUAUGAUGAGUUUGUCGAGGAUUACGAACCUACGAAAGCAGAUUCGUACAGAAAAAAGGUUGUGUUAGACGGCGAAGAAGUACAAAUAGACAUAUUGGACACUGCUGGACAAGAGGAUUAUGCAGCGAUUCGAGAUAAUUAUUUCAGGAGCGGGGAAGGAUUCCUAUGUGUAUUUUCUAUAACGGAGGAUGAUAGUUUUCAAGCUACUCAAGAAUUUAGAGAACAAAUCCUGAGGGUAAAAAAUGAUGAAAACAUUCCAUUCCUAUUAGUGGGAAAUAAGAGUGAUUUACAGGAGAAGAGGAAAGUCAGUUUAGCUGAUGCCCAGGCAAGAGCACAACAGUGGGGAGUACCAUAUGUAGAAACAAGUGCGAAGACAAAGGAAAAUGUUGAUAAGGUUUUCUUCGACUUGAUGCGUGCAAUAGCUGCGCGUAAGGCACAGGAGAAUCAAGGAGAUGGAAGCGAACGUAAGAGGAAAACAAAUUGCUGCAUAUUGCUUUAACAAAUAUAAAACAACGCGUAUAGCUUCUGUAACGAAACGUUCGACUCCUAAUUGCAAAAGCCUGAGUAAGAGAGUGUACUUAUAUACAUACAUAUACACAAACGUUACACGGAGAUGCAUACAAGCCGCGUACAUGUACACUCGUACGUGAGGAAAUUUUCUGAUACUUUACAGUGAAUUGAAACUCGAAAUAAAUGUAAAACAAUUAUAACCCGGGACACAUAAUUUACACGCUAUUCAAUGACUGUCAUAUUAAGAGUCGCAAACUUUGUACUCUUUUUCCAUCAAAGUACUAACUGAUUAAUCUGUACUGCACUGGUGCAUAUAAUUGUAAUUUGUACGUCCUAUUGUUAAUUUAUACGAUAAUGUCUAUUAUGAAUCCCGAAAGAGUAAAAGUUUUCAAUAGAGCACAAAGUUAUAUCAUAUGUUAACGAAAUUAUUUUUUAAUUUUUCAUUAUUGUUAGAGUGCUGAAAUAUAUACGUGUAAUUAUUUAAUUAAAUAUCAUAGAGACAGACUCUCUCCUCCCUGUGACGGGCGAGGUGAUAAUUUAUGUGUAAUAUCUACAUACAUGUUCAUACAGCAUACAUGUGCGUGUAUGUAUAGAUUAUACAUUUGUACUGUGCACAAUAUUUUAUGAUCAUUCAAUAACGAAGAACGUAAAUAUCUGUUAUAUACAUACUGUAAUUAAUUCUUUGCAAAUAAAAUUAUUAUGUCUUCA